CAAAAUCCCCGAAACAGUUCCUUCAAUAUUCCCAAGAUUUUAUUGCACAAAAGUAUAAGGAAAACUUCUGGCGCAUACAUCGAAAAGUGCUUACAGUUUGGUGUCGUCCGAAUCGAGCCAAUCACAGGAAGAUAUUUAGAUCGUUUUUGACGAGAUGAGUUCACGUAGGAUAAGACGGCGUGCUACUGCAAGAAUCGUUGAACCUACUGGUUCUACUGAUUUAGCAUCCCUGUUCAAGUGCUCUGUAUGCUCUAACCACGCGGUUCCUAGAGUCCAUCAGUGCCAAAGUGGACAUCUGAUUUGCUCGAAAUGUAGAUCAAAGUUGGAACGCUGCCCUACUUGUUCUGGAUUUUUAGGUAACAUAAGAAAUCUGGCCAUGGAAAAAGUUGCUAGUAAUGUGAUCUUUCCGUGCAACAAUGCUGGAAAUGGUUGCACUAAAUUCUUGAACAACAUCGAAAAGGCUGCACAUGAAGAAACUUGUAAAUUUCGGCCUUACACUUGCCCUUGUCCAUGGGCCAUUUGCCAAUGGAAAGGGUCAUUGGCAGGAGUGAUACCUCAUAUGAGACAGUCACAUACCCCCAUUACAAACCUUGAUGGAGAAGAUAUAGUUUUUAUGGCUAUCGACAUCGGUUUGCCUGGAGAAAUGAACUGGGUUAUGAUGCAGUCCUGUCAUGGCGAACAUUUUAUGCUGAUUUUGGAAAAGCAAGAUAAGCCAAAUGCAGCCCAACAGUAUUUCGGUGCCGUUCAAUUGUUUGGGUCUAAGGAGGAUGCAGAAAAAUAUGCAUAUAAGUUUGAACUGAAUGGACAUCAGCGUCGCGUGAGUUGGGAAGGAAUUGCGGGAUCUAUUCAGGACGGGGUACCUACGGCAAAUUCGAGUUCUGGGCGCUUGAUAUUUGAUAGUUCGAUUGUUAGAUCAUUUGCUGAAAAUGGAAAUCUUGCAAUAAAUAUGACCAUUUAUGUUGUAGAUAGCAAUGAAUAA